GGUUCAUCCAAUUAUUUUAUCAUCAUUUUUCUACCUAUAAAGAAAGGUCUUCCCUUCUGACAUUUUCCUCAUCAGAUAUCAUAGAAAGUUAAUUCUAUCUGUAUCAUUUAGUUGGAACACUGGAGAAGAAAUUUGAGAAAGAAAGUACCAAAAUAGAGGGUAAGGAUGGGAAAAGCCCCAUGCUGUGACAAAGCCAAUGUAAAGAAGGGACCAUGGUCUCCUGAAGAAGAUGCAAAACUCAAGGCAUAUAUUGAAGAGUAUGGAACUGGUGGCAAUUGGAUUGCUCUUCCUCAGAAAAUUGGGCUUAAAAGAUGUGGAAAGAGUUGCAGACUUAGAUGGCUAAAUUACCUGCGACCUAAUAUCAAGCAUGGAGGAUUCAGUGAAGAAGAAGACAACAUCAUAUGCAGCCUCUAUAUCAGUAUUGGUAGCAGGUGGUCUGUAAUAGCAGCCCAGCUGCCCGGAAGAACAGAUAAUGAUAUUAAAAAUUACUGGAACACUAGAUUGAAGAAAAAGUUGCUCGGAAGGCGCAAAAAUUCUCGCGUGAACCAACUAUCUGCAGUUUCAGGUCAGGAUCCAAACGAUCCAAAUGGUGGAGAGGAAAACAAUUAUUUGAAGAACCUCAGCAGUUCUGCUCUGGAAAGACUUCAGCUCCACAUACAGCUUCAAAACCCUUUCUCUUUCUACAAUAAUCCUGUAUUUUGGCCCAAAUUGAAUCCCUUACAAGACAAAAUGGUCCAAAGCCAGCAGUUUUUGAAUGAGAAUAAUCAAAAUAAUCUCAUUCAAAGAACUCCCAUCGGUCCUCUGCAGGCUGCUGUAGAAUGGAGUACCAUAAGCAAUUUGAAGGCGGAUGAGCAUCAAAAUUCCGAAAAUGAGACCAAUAUUCAAGGAUCAAAUUUUGUGGGACAAUCUAAUUACACGGGCAUUGAACCUCUCUCAGGAUUUACACAAGCUGAACUUGAUGAUUUGCUCAACAAUGAAGUUGCUGAUUUUCAGCCUACGCAGAGUCAAAAUUUAGCUGAAUUUGAUUGUUUCAAGGAGAUGAAUGGAUCAAUGGACAGCCUCGGAUGGUGGUCCAAUGAUUUUGUUGAUGCAACUUCAGCAUCGUCCAAGUCUUGGGAUUCCAGCUUCUAGACUUGAUCGAUCUGAAGAAAUGCAUCAGGAUUAUGCAUUAGGGUAUAAUAUGCAUUGAGAAAAGAUAUUAUGCAAGGAUCUGUAGGAGUUCAUUUUUGUUAUUUCAUAAAUAUAGGGUUUGCUGGAGAAGCAUUAGAACUUAUGUUGUAAAUUAUGUGAUCAAUAAUGUUUUGUUCUUGUUAUCUUGCAAAAAUUGGUAUUACGUAUUUA